AUGUUACUGCUUAUACUUGGUUUAAUAAGUGGCAUUAUAGCAGCAUUAAUAUGCUUUUCAUAUGUGCUGAUAGUUAUCAAGUGCAAACAAAAAGCAAAUGUUAAAGUGGGAGAAACUAUACAGAAAUUCAAGCAAGCAGCUGGUCCAAAGCCGUGGCCCAUUAUUGGCAAUCUGCACAUCGUGGGACGCUAUGCGCAUCCGUUUGCAGCUUUUACGGAACUAACAGCGCAGUAUGGAGAUAUUUAUGCACUAAGUUUUGGCCAUACGCGUUGCCUUGUGGUCAACAAUCUGGAGCUAAUACGAGAAGUGCUGAACAAGAAUGGCAAAUACUUUGGCGGACGACCCAACUUUGUGCGCUAUGAUCGACUGUUCGGUGGAGAUCGCAAGAACUCGCUGGCAUUAUGCGAUUGGUCGCAGCUACAGCAGCGGCGCAGAAACUUGGCCAGACGACACUGCUCGCCCAGAGAAUCAACUGCGUACUAUGUGAAGAUGUCAGACAUUGGCUGCACUGAAGCUGAGCGCUUUUUAACCUGCGCCAAUAUGUUUAGUCAGUAUAUGUGCUCGCUGCGCUUUGCAUAUGACGAUGCAGAGUUUGAUAAGAUAGUCGGUUACUUUGAUGAGAUAUUCUGGGAGAUAAACCAGGGCUAUGCUUUGGAUUUUCUAAGCUGGCUGCAGCCUUUUUAUCAGCGACAUCUCAGCCAGAUUAGUCACUGGUCCAGCACUAUACGCAAAUUUAUACUGCAGCGUGUUAUGCAGCAGCGCGAACUCGAUAUAGACUUGGAUGAGCCUGACAAGGACUUUACUGAUGCGCUGCUCAAGAGCUUGGUUGAGCAUGCCAAUGUUUCACGCAAUACAAUUAUAUUUAUGCUGGAGGAUUUCAUAGGCGGUCACUCUGCAGUGGGCAAUUUGGUAAUGCUAGCCUUGGCCUAUAUAGCCAAGUAUCCAGCCAUAGCCAGCAGCAUACAAGCGGAAAUUGAUGUGGUUACAAAUAAAAGCGAGCGCAGAGUCAACUUGCUGGAUAUGCCAGAGCUGCCCUAUACCAUGGCUACUUUAUAUGAAGUGCUGCGCUAUUCCUCAUCGCCCAUUGUGCCACAUGUCGCCACAGAGGAUACGCAGAUAGCUGGUCAUGGUGUUACCACAGGCACCAUUAUCUUUAUCAACAACUAUGCGCUUAAUACAAGCGCCAAGUAUUGGGACGAACCAGAUCAAUUUCGUCCCGAAAGAUUUCUGCAGCAAACAGAGCGCAAACUUAGCGCCGACUCUGAUUCAGGCAUUGAAUUGAGCUCACCCACUUAUCAAUUACGCAAAAAUCUGCCACAUUUUUUGCCAUUUAGCAUUGGCAAACGCACUUGCAUUGGCCAAAACCUUGUGCGUGGCUUUGGCUUUGUGCUGUUGGCCAACAUACUACAAGACUAUCAUGUCGGCACUGACGAUGCCACAAAGCUGAAAAUAUAUCCGGCGAGCGUCGCUUUGCCAGCCAAAUGCUUUUCACUUACAUUCAAGCCAAGAUAA